ACGUUUGCUCUACUAAUGCCAAGUAAUGCUGUACUUCUAGGUAGGUACUGAUCCCAGAAAAUUAUCUCUCAUUUUCUGAAUGCUGAGCACACACUAGGACACAGACCAAAGCCAAAUCAAACAAUAAAUUGAAAUGAUGGUCAGGUGUUGAAAUUGAAACUCAUUCACUGGCAGUUGACACUGUAGCACAUUUAAAGCUGUAUCAACUAUAUCAACAGCCCAUAGAUCAGUUGGAACCAAGGCUAUAUAAACCGUUGGAACCAAAAACUAGCCUUUUAUUGGAAUAAUCAGUAAAUAUCAAUAGUCACAUCAAUAAAAAACACAAUCACUACACCCACUUCAAUUUGCACUGCCUUCAAAAUUUACAUUUUUUUCCAUUUCGGUUCGAGACCUAUUGCGCCGACUUCGUCUUCAAAUAAAAAGUAAAUAUCAUGUUCGCUUGCAGAAAAGCCGCCUUGAAACCAUAGAGAUUUGUGUGAACCUCUUUGUCAUUGGUGCAAAGAAAAAAUAUUCGCAGAGUAGAGCGAAUGAACGAUUGUAAAGCUCAUCCCAUGAACAGCCUUGGCUUACGAUACUUUUCCUUUCGUCCUUGAAAUGCUUUUGAAGAACCUGGGGCGGCGGGAAAUUUAAAUUUAUGAACUUUGCCAGUAAUUUAUCUAAAUGGCUGACGACUCAAAUUUAUUAAAACUGGUUACCGAUCUUGGAUCUAAAAUUGAGGCAACUAAAGCAAAGAUCCUAGCCAGUGAGCAAGAAGGAGACAAAUGGAAGGCAAACCUUUUGCAAACUCAAAAGGCAUUGAGCGAGCGAAAACUCCAGUUGCUCAGGCUGCGGGUCAGGUUAUCAAGUGAAAAGGAACAGCUCGCUGAGAAGGAAGAAAAGUUCAACUCCUGUCUGACUGAAAUUCAGUCUGAUCUGGCACGGCUGACGUCCAACCGCUCAUGGGUGGCCCAGUCUCGACUCCAGCUCGACAGUGUUCGUGAGCAGCGCGCACGGCUCACGGAGCUGAUGCGACAGCACGCGGCGGCCAGUCAGACGGCGGCGCAGCACACGGAGCACGCGCAACAGCUGGAUGAGCAGCAGCAGCAACUGCACCGGCUUCAAAACGAGCGGGACCGUCUGGAGUCCACACUGCGCCGCGGCGUGGCUCUCCAGUCGGCCCGGCAGCGGACGGCCGUCGCCGAGAGGAGUCGAGACGAGCUGGAGCGCCGCCUCCAGGAGCGGCAGAGCGAGGAGCAGGAACAGGAGCGGGCGGUGCAGCGCCUGGAGACGGACAUCGAACAGAAACAGGCGGAGAUGGAAUCUGAAAAGGAGAAGGUGGCCGUCAAACUGACGCGCGCUCGCAACGAGCAGAGUCUGGUAAACGAGCGGCUGAGAUCGCUCGAACUGCGCGCCGCCCAGCUGCGCUCCCAGCUCGAGGAGCCGCACACAAAGUGAUGUCAGAAUGUGACGUCAGAUGGAACGGUCGAAAUAACGUCAUCAUGGGGUGAUCUCAUCGAUGAGAAAGGCUGUGAUAUAGGAGAGUUGUCCGUUGUAGUUGAUUGUUGUCUGUUGAUACUUUUGUCUGGUUAUUUGUCGGUUUAUAUUUUUGUUGAUGAUUCACUUUUUUUCGCUCAAACUUGGCGCUGACGGUUUAUUGGUGAAGCGAUAAAUUGUGCUAAACGCACAGUGUUAUGCUGUUCUUAGUUUACUGCUCAAUAAAUUGAUGUCGCCUUGUCGGCAAACGACAUAGGCUGCUGUUUUUCCAUCAUAA